AUGACAAUCAUUGACAAGAUCAACGACAGCAUCGAGCGCCACGAGGUGUUCUACUCGUUCGAGUUCUUCCCACCAAAGACAGCGGCCGGCGUCGACAAUCUCUACGCCCGCAUGGACCGCAUGGCGGCGCUCGAGCCGCUGUUCUGCGACAUGACGUGGGGCGCCGGCGGCUCGAGCGCGCAGCUGACGCUCGAGCUCAGUGCGAACGCGCAGCAGCUCAGCGGCCUCGAGAUGCUCAUGCACCUGACGUGCACCAACAUGGACGAGCGCGACAUGAAGAAGGCGCUGGACGAGGCCAAAGACGCGGGCAUUCGGAACAUUUUAGCGCUGCGGGGCGAUCCCGUGCGGGGCGCCAGCAGCUUCCACGAGUGCGAUCGCGGGUUCUCGCACGGCGUCGACCUCGUGCGCUUCAUCCGUCGCCACUAUGGCGACUACUUUUGCAUUGCUGUUGCAGGUUACCCGGAAGGCCAUGCCGAGAGCCACGCGGACUUGGCAGGUGGUGUGCAGCACCUGAAGGAAAAGGUCGACGCCGGUGCGGAUUUUGUGAUUUCGCAGCUGUUCUACGACGUUGCAGUGUUUCUCGCGUUUGUUGAGCAAUGUCGAGCUGAAGGUAUCACCGUACCGAUCCUGCCGGGGAUCAUGCCAAUUCAGAACUAUGGCGGCUUUGAGCGCAUGACGUCGUUCUGCAAGACUGUUGUACCCGACAGGGUCCGUCAAGCGCUGGAGCCGAUCAAAGACAAUGACGAAGCCGUGAAGGACUAUGGCGUGCAACUGGGCAUUGCCAUGAGUCAGCAGCUCAUUGACGCUGGCGUGCCGGGGCUGCACUUUUACACGCUGAAUCUCGAGCGCUCGGUGCGUCGGAUCUUGGAAGGCUUGUCAUCGCUGUCUCGCCAUGUUUCGCGACGAGAACUGCCCUGGGAGACGUCGAUGCUGUCGAAACGUGCGUCAGAGAGCGUGCGGCCGAUCUACUGGUCCCAUCGACCGAAGAGCUACGUGCAUCGCACGGCCAUGUGGGACGAGUACCCGAAUGGCCGCUGGGGCAACAGUGAAAGUCCUGCGUUCGGGGAGCUCACCGAGUCACACUUUGCACCAACCAAUACGUGGUUGCCCGUUGAACGUCGCUCCAUGUGGGGCGACGCACCAACGACAACAGAAGACAUUCGUCACGUAUUCGUGCAAUACGUGCGUGGCAAGAUCACAAGUCUACCGUGGUGUGAGGCUGCACUGCACGACGAGACGUCGACCGUCGAACAGGAGCUCGUCACUGCCAAUGCCGCUGGAUUCUUGACCAUCAACAGUCAGCCGCGCGUGAACGGUGCACUCUCUGACGAUCCGAUGUUUGGCUGGGGUGGUCCUGGAGGCCGUGUAUACCAGAAGGCGUAUGUGGAGUGUUUUGUGUCGCCCGAGAACAUGAAGACCAUCAUCAACAACGCUGCCAAGAAGCCUUCCGUGCAGUACCACGCCGUGGACGUAAACGGCCAUUCGUACUCGAAUGCCAGCAAGUCGGCUGUGGCUGUGACGUGGGGAGUGUUUCCCAACAAGGAGAUCUUGCAGCCCACGAUCGUCGACAGCAGCAGCUUUUUGGUCUGGAAAGACGAGGCGUUUGCAUUGUGGCUCAAGCUGUGGGCGUCGCUGUACGAGGAGAGCAGCAAGUCGUUCAAGCUGCUGCACGAGAUCCACGACACGUACUUCCUCGUGAGUAUCGUGGACAAUGACUUUCUGAACGGCAACAUCUGGGAGCUGUUCGAGUCGUCCGUCUCCCCAGUCACGUCACCGUAA